AUGGAACGCGCGAGAACCAAGCCCGACCUGAUCGCCGCGAAUCGCCGGUGGACCGCCAGCCUCAGCAGCAUGCCCGACGCCGACCGGCAGCGUGUGGCUGGAUUUGCAGAGCCGCUCACCAGCGAAGUUGCUGAUGGCGCUCUGGCAUCCGCAGACGCCUUUGAGGGGGUCCCCACCCUGACGGUCGCCUCCGCGCUGCACGCGUUGCUCCGCCAGCCGUCCCUUCCGCCGUUCCUGUGCGUAUGGGCCACGGCGGAGUGGUGCGUGCCCUGCAAGCGGCUCGAACCGGGUUGGCGCGGCCUCGCCGAGCCAGACGGGGAGAGCCAUGAGCGCCUCGCUGGCAGAGUGGCGUUUGCCGUCGCCGACCUGACGGAUGAGGCGGCCGAGUCGGCUUGCGACGGCUCGACGCUGUCCGAGGCGCUGCGCAUCCAGACGCUGCCCACGUUUGUGCUCUUUGACACGUCGACUGGGGCUGAGGUGGCACGGGCGGAGGGCGCCGCGCACAAGCGCCCGGCGCGGAGACUCUACGAGAUGCUCCAAAGGACAGUGGGGUAA